AAAAGUGACGCAUCCAGCCCUCAGCUGUUUUUGUUUUUGUCUGCCUCCUGCUAACUCUAGAAGUUAGGGUUAAAACGGAAUACAAGCGCCGUGUUCUAAAGUAGAAGCAACAAAUAAUUUUAGUUUCAGGAUACAAGCCAUCAAUUUCCAAUUUGUAUAGCAUGUAUUACAUUGUAAUAACUAAUCUCAAGCGCAUACGUGUGUAGAGGAGCUGGGUUUCGGAGUGAUCGAUCCGAACACAGGCCACUGAACUAGGGAAGUGGAGCAGGACAGGAUAAUCACUGUGGACGAGAUGGAGGAACGGGAGACAUCCGACGGUCCGGGAGGGCCUCAAGGCUUGAUCAGCGCCUCGUUCAACCAGGACACCACGUCUCUAUCAGUGGGCACUAAGUCAGGCUACAGACUCUUCUCUGUCACCUCAGUGGACAAGAUGGACUGCAUCCACGAAGGAGCGGAGUGUCCAGACGUGUACAUUGUGGAGCGGUUGUUCUCCAGCAGUCUGGUGGUGGUGGUCAGUCUCUCCAUGCCCCGACGUAUGAACGUCUACCACUUCAAAAGGGGAACAGAGAUCUGCAACUAUAGCUACUCUAACAACAUCCUCUCAGUCCGGCUCAACAGACAGAGGCUGGUGGUGUGUCUGGAGGAGUCCGUCUACAUCCACAACAUCAAAGACAUGAAGCUGCUGAAGACGCUGCUCAACACGCCCCAUAACCCCUCAGGUCUCUGUGCCCUCUCUGUGAACCAUGGUAACUCCUACCUGGCGUACCCUGGCAGUCAGACCAUCGGAGAGAUCAUGGUCUAUGACGCCAACAACCUGAGCAAGGUGACGAUGAUCCCAGCCCAUGACAGUCCCCUGGCUGCCCUCACAUUCAACACUUCAGGAACCAAACUGGCCAGUGCCUCCGAGAGGGGUACAGUGAUCAGAGUGUUCACCAUCCCAGAGGGACAGAGGCUGUUUGAGUUCCGUAGAGGGAUGAAGAGGGCAGUGUGCAGUGCGAUGGCGAUUGCAUCCUCUGUGGAUCUAUUGGGGCGGUAUGUGAGUAUCAGCUCGUUGUCCUUUAGUUCAGAUGCACAGUUCCUCUGUGCCUCCAGCAACACAGAGACGGUCCAUAUCUUCAAACUGGAACAGCACAGCCCCAGUCGAGAUGGCGAGUCUCCUACGUGGGGUGCCUACGUGGGGAAGAUGUUCACAGCAGCCAGCACCUACCUUCCCUCCCAGGUCUCUGACAUGAUGCACCAAGACCGGGCCUUUGCCACCGUACGACUCAACAUGUUCGGACUCAAGAACGUAUGCGCCUUGUCCACGGUUCAGAAGCUACCUCGUCUGCUGGUGGCGUCAUCAGAUGGACAUCUCUACAUCUAUAACAUUGACCCACAGGACGGAGGAGAGUGUGUUCUGGUCAGGAAACACAGGCUAUUUGAAGGAGAUGAGGCGCCACAGGAAGCACAACAGGAAGAGGAGGAGCCAGAGGAUGGAAGGUCCCUCCCACCGUCAACCAGCCCAUCAUACGCUGCCACUGUGUCUGUCCCCUCGACCCCACCCUCUUCUACCACUCUCACAGGCUACUCAGAGGAUGGAGGGGCUGAGAAAGGGGAUGUGAUCCCUGAACAUGAGUUUGCCGAGGGACCCGUCUGUCUGGAUGACGAGAACGAGUUUCCUCCCGUCAGCAAACAGACCAACUGACCCACCACUUCCCUGGAACCAAUCAACUGGAGCCAUUCACGCAAGAAGGAAGUAUAUCAGUGUUAAGAGAACCCCCCCACCCCAUGUCCCCAACGAGCCAAUCAAAUGGGAGAAAUGUAGAUGCGAGUGUUGAUUGGUUACUCUCAUGUGCCAUUCAGAAGUAGAGUGUGGCUAGAUAGUAGACCCGUCUCUGUACAUUGUCUUAUACCUGGCCCUAAAGGUCAGUAUGAAUACAAUUUAAAUCCAUUCCCUAACUAUCAGAAGGGAAGCAGGUCUGGGCUAUGAAUUUGUAGCCUUCCUCUAGUCUAAUAUUAACCAAUGUUUAACCUGGUUAAAAAGGGACUUUAAUAUUGAAUUGCAUUCAUAUAGAGCUAUUGAGAAGUGCUCUGAGCGCUUAACCAUUCAAUUGUACUUUUAUAACCUGUUAAGUAUCAUUUAGUGAUUUAUAACACUGACUGGAUAGUGAGGUCCGAGUCGUAUUCUGCUGCUUGAUGCAGAUUGGCUAGAACCCAGUGUAGGGUGGAAGAGUGCAGAGACGGGCACAGACAGACUGUCUUAUCAGUGGGCUAUAGCUGUGCCACGCCCCGAGAGAGAAGAGGGGGGGGGAGGGAGAGAGAGGGGAUGGUGGAAUAGAGAAGGAGAGAGAGAGGACUUCUAUCAUAUGUCUUGAGGUGAUGUUUUUUAACUUAUCUCUAGAAAAAAGGUGGGAAGAAUAAUAACAUACUGAUAAUGUGAAAAACUUGAUUUAUAGUAUUGUAGAUUCUUACAGGUCCUUUUAUUUCAGUGAUAAUAUUAUUAACACCAUUGACUAAAUAAUGUUGAAUAUUGUAACAUUUCAGACAUGAUGUAGAUGUUUUUACUUUGUAAAAAAUAAUGUUGACUUGUACUAAAUAUUAUUUUGGAA